AUGGGGUAUAAUGUGAUCAAUCCUAAAUACAGGGAGAAGAGCUCAGAGGUUUUAAAAUGUACUUUGUAUGAAGCCAGACAACCAUCGGUCCAAAAUAAUGAGGGGGGAAAUAAUUUAUUUCAUUCACUUAAAAAGCAUUAAUCCCUCUUUAGGAUUCUGUACUGUGUUUGAACAAAAACCUGCAACGAUUCCAACUAAAUUAAAUGGACACAAGGUUCCAUGUGGUAGUGUUUUAAGCUACCAGCUUUCCCUAAUAGAAGCAAACUUCAAAUUUUCCAGUCUUGCAAAGACCCAGAGCUGUUGGUGACUACUUUCCUGACCUCCCCAUUGAAACUACUGGGGUGGGAUUGCAAAUGCCCCUUUCUUAUCAGGAGGACCGGUUUAUUAGUCAUCUGAAAGUCCCUAAUCCAUCUUUGAUUGAACGAGAAACUAGAGGUCAAAGCAACAACCCGUUCUGGUUUCAAAGUAGAAGACUAAGGUUAACUAGUAGUAAUUUUGGACUUGUUUGCAACCGAAAGCUUAACAUAUCUCAAACAAAGUUUGUUCAAAAAAUUUGCUGUCACCAAAGGAUCUUUCUAAUGUGCCUGCUAUAAGGUACGGGAUUUCAAAUGAGGCUAAAGCAGCAAAUAAGUAUGCUGAAUACAUGACAGGUAUUGGACAUGAUGUUCAGGUCUUAGAGUGUGGUUUUGUCGUGUCCAGCACAAUGCCAUGGUUGGCUGCUUCACCAGACAGAAAGGUGAUAGAUAAAAUAUUUGGUUUUGGUUUGGUAGAAAUCAAAUGCCCCUAUUCAUUAAGACACCUGACACCUGAGGGGGCAUGUGCAGACCCAAGUUUUUAUUGCCAACUAGUUAAUGGUAGGCCUGAGCUUAAAAAGGAUCACCCUUAUUACUAUCAAGUACAAGGCCAGAUGACGGGAUGA